AUGGCAUCAGCCUCUACAGCCUUCUUCGGUUACAUCAAAAUCGAAGACAGCCCCGAACCAGAGGUACUCGCCGCUGAACCUACCACGCUUCCUGUUAAGCUACCGGCACCUAUCAAAACCAGAGAUCCGGAAAACUUCCUGAAACGAUGCUCAGGUCUUUCCAAGAAGACAAAUCACCGAUGCGGCGUUGUUAUUGGGAAGAAGUCGCAAAAGGACGCUCAUCCUACAUUUCUGCCUACGUGCAGCUCUCACCGUGAUCAGCAAAGCCUUGCUGGAUGGUGCCAGUUCAUGUGCUCGGAUGGAGAGAGGUGCGGGAGGCUUUUCAGAUGGCGGCCGCCAUACUUUGAGCUUUGUGAUGAUCACCAAGGUCAUCCAGAUACGCCCUGUUACCUCCUCGAGCAGCUGCCACUUGAGCUGCGACACGAAGUCUACCGCUAUCUACUGCCUACUGAGUCGAUUGGCUCUUCAACUGCUGCUGUUCAUCGAGAAACUGACGAGGACCCUUUCUCGACCCGCAUGCUCAACUUGCGUACGAAUAACCGCUUUCUGCAGCAAUCACCGCCAUCCGUGUCUUCGGGUCUUGCACCACCACUCGUAGCUGCAUUUCCCAUGCGACUCACAGACCUCCUUCUUGUAUCCCGUCAAAUCCACGACGAAGUAAAAGACCUGCUCUUCAGCAUUGUCACGUUCAAGAUUGAUGUCCGCAAAGACGGUGCGUUCAUGUGUGGUCGUCGACUGUUGGAACCAAAACGGGCAGAUGGAUCUUCGCAUAUGAUGGCGGAAGAGGCCGACAAAGCAAAAAAGAAGUUUCUGACAAGCUUUGCUUGGGCAUCUGUGAAGAAUUACACUGUGGAUAUCUUACUGGAGAAUUGGGGUGAUGCGUAUCCUCGCAUCAAUCACGGUCUCAACCCUCCUUGGGAUGAGGAGGUCGAAAUCUACGACAUCAGAGGUAGGCAGCUGAUUCAUACUCUCGACGUCUCACUAAAGGAAGCAGAUUACGUCUCUGUGGUCGUCUCCGGCAUUUUGGCCAAAUCGAAAAAGCUCUUCAAGCUCCAAGUCCGACUUGGGCUAGAUGAUUUCCAGUGGGACGAGUAUGAGACUCUGUCAAACGCCAAAUUGUUGUUUAGCCCGUUUGAGCGAUUACGAAAUGUACGGCAGCCGAGCAUUGGUGGCGUAUUCGAUGGACGACCGAAUAAUAACUCGGUGUACUCCGUGAUACCGGGCACUUCUCAGAUCUAUUCUGCGCCAACAGGUCACUACGAGAACUGCUGCUCAGUGCCCUCGAUGCCUACCAACAAACCAAUGCUAGUAGCCGGUAUGCCAGCUUUUGAUGCUUAUGCCGCCGAAUGGAAGCACCAAAUCUCCUCAGAGAGCUCCAACGCCAUCACGGAGGAACCGCCUAUUCGGAAAAUGUUUACCGAAUUCCGCAACUUUUACAGUGAACUGGCCACCUACGUACCGGAUGUAACGUUUAGGAAUGGAAGGCAUACUUUCUUGCAUCGAGCGAGGGUGGCGCGCGAACAGGAAGACGUCGUAGCAUUCCGUGGUAUAAGAAAUGAGCUGAUCCACUACUGGGAGGCUUACAAAGCUGAUGAAGAGCGGAAGAAGCGGGAAAUGGACAAACGCUUGGGAAAGCUCCUCGAGAGCGACAUGUAUCCUUCGCACGAAUGGGAAGAUGCGAGUCCAACACGACCUCAGUCGCCAUUUGGUCAAACCGCGCAGUCUCCCAUGCUCUUGGACCCUGAUAGGAUGGCUCAAGAGGGUAUCCCUAUGACGGGAAACUCUGGCGAAACGAGACCGUAUAUAUCGGACCAGCAGUCAGUUCAACUGUCGCAAAACCUACAGAGUCGCCAACAAGAGGCGCAAAGACAAUACGCGAUGCGCCUGCAGCAGCAGCAGCCGUUGGGCAACCUUGCCGCGAGCAACAUGGCCGCGCGCCAAGGACAACAACCGGGCGCGCAGAUGCCCAGCGCAAUGCAGAACCCUAUGCAGCACAUACGUAUGAUGAAAGCCCAGCAACAGCAAAGCAAGAUUAAGCCAUCAAACUUUGGAAGUCAGCAGCAACAACAACAGUCACAAGACCAUACUUCUCCUCCCCCCCCUCCUCCUCCUCCUUUUCCUACCCAACAGCGACACACGACCAAUGGAUCGACGAGCGUCCCAAGAAAAGGCCAUCCCACACUCUCAGACUACGCCUUCCAACACCAACAGGUCCUUCGAGCCCAGGCACAAGCCCAGGCCCAAGCCCAACAACAAGCAUAUCAGCAGCUCCAUCCACGCCUGACAGGAAAACAGCAAUACCAAGCCAGACAACACGCUCUCUUCCAACAAUCCCGCCACUGCCUCGCCAGACUGACUAGACUAAAAAAGGAAGAAAGCACAAUUCGUCAACAAGCAAACCAAGUCCUAUCUUCCUUGCGCACCAAGCAGAAUCCUGCAGACGCGGCCAAACUACAGCACAACUACAAGUUACAGGCCCAUGGAAUGACGCUGGCUGUGCUGGAGGCACAGAGGAAGUAUGAUGAGGUCGAGAGGGAAAGGAGGAUUCUGGAAAAGUGCUUAUCGACAACGAACAUGGUGAUGGGAACGCAGAUGAAUACCAUGUUGGAGGUAGGUGCGAGGAAAGAUCAAGUACUACUGGAUACAAGUGAAUUUCUCCAGAGGAAGGCGGAUAAAGACUCGUUGGGGUUAAAGGAAGAGGACAAGGGAGAUGAGGAGGACGGUUCAAAUGUUUUGUUUAACAACGAGGAUUUGUACUCUGAUCCGUUCCACGAUGAAAUUUCUGCACGGCGGAUAAAAGAGGAGGAGGAGGAGGGGGCGGAGCGUGGGAAGAGGGGGCGCGAGUGCGAUUCUGCGACUACUAUUACUACCACCGUCGACACUACGACUCGAACCCCCGACUCCUACAUGCGACAAAAAAGUCCAAGCAGCCCGCGCAUGUCUGAAGAGAGUCUGGGCGCAGCACAAGGGGGAGUAGAAGUAGAUGUAGGGAUGCCAGGUCCGUCUGCGACCAAGAAACGGAGGAUCGACUCGGGGUACUAUGAGACGAUGGAAUGUAACAUACACUCGAGCUCGAGCGACGAGCGGAGACAAGAAUCUGAAGAUAGUUUGAGGGCGUCGCUACUGCAGAUACAGCGUGAGUGGAAAGGCCCGUCCUACAUGGGGAAAGGGAAGGGCAAGAUGCAAGGUAACGGCGAUGCUGAGAUUGCGUCUAGCCGGGAUUGA